GAACAUUAAUCAUAAACUGCUGCUCCCUUCAUGCUCACAUUUCUGCUCAGGGCUGCAGAUCAAAAGACACCGAACUGAAACUCAAACACAUAAAUCCAGGCCAGCAGGAGCGCUGACCUCUGACCUCUAAGUGAUCUGGCUACACAAGGGGGAUCACUUUUAAAGCCGCCUGGGGGCGCUGUCGGUCUCUCCUCCAGGUGCAUGCCGGGUAGAGCAGGAUGGCGUCCCCGUCUGUGAGGAGGAUCGGAGCGGCUGACCGCGGACUGUCUCCCCGCUGAUCCCGCACUCUCUGUGGCCUCAGGACCUUCAGGAGCGUAGCUGCGGCCUUUCUGAGCCAUGAGGUGCGCUGCGUCAAUGUCUGCAGGCGGUCUGGCUGUUGGACUAUGCUGCGUUCGUCCACUGGGUGGCGCCUCCUGAGCCGAGCUCGCCACCUCCCUCCCUGCCUCCCCCGCCCUGCUGCUCAGUCUGUCGCCAUGUAUGCCGCCCGCCUGUACGGCACCGCGGGGGGAGGAGGAGGGGGUGGUGGAGGGGGCGGGGUAAAACAGGGGCGGAGGCCAGGACUAUCUGUGCUCGAGGUGCCUCACCCCCAUGCAGCCCCACCUCCCCCCGCCUUCCCAUUGUACCAGGGUCGCCCCGACGCCCACCGAGGAGCACAAUUCCACUACCACCCGCAGCCCCAUCACCUGGCUCCGCCCCCGCUGCCCCCCCAUUUCCAGCACCACAGCGCCUUCCACGCAUACGGGGGUGGCGGGCCCGCAGGAGGCGCUGCCACUAGCAAGAAGAAGACGUGGAACUUCAUCCACGAGAAGAUGAGCUACGACACGUUCUUCACCAUGAAGCGGCUGAUCGAGCGCUCGCGGCGGCCCGACGAGGUGCUGCGCUGGGUCACCCAGAACCCCGCCAAGAUCUCCCACAACCACUACCCCGUCGCCCUGCAGAAGAUCGGACAGCUGCUGCAGGCUACGCCCCCCGCUCGCGCCAGCAGCAGUGAGACCGACGGCGAGGCCCCCAGAGUGGAGGGCGAUGCCCGACAGAUCCUGGAGCAUCAGGACUUCCGGACGCUCUGCAACGCCAUCGUCAGCGACUGCGCCAAGUUCGACAACUUCAGCAUCGUGAACUGCUUGUACGCCGUCGCUGCGCUCGGUCUGCCCAGCGACUCUGAGGUGGUGCAGGUUCUGGAGGCGGAGUCUCAGGCCCGGCUGAACCAGUUCAACCAGAAGGACGUGUCGAUGGUGUUCAGCUCCAGCAUGAAGCUCCACCCGGGCAGCCAGCACCCGCUCACGGAGGCCUGCCUGGCCGGCCUAGAGAAAAACCUGGAGCGAGAGCGCCACCCGCAGACGCUCUUCCUGCUGCUCUCCUACUACAGGCUCAAAUGGCGGUCAAUGCAACCGCAGGAAGCCGCCGGCGCUAACAACAGCACGCCUAACCCUGAACAGCUGGUCGCCAACAGGAAGAUCCUGCGUCUGGUCAAACACACACUGGCGAGUGUGAGCGGCGUUCGAGACCAGGAGAUGGCGCUGCUGGACGAGAUGCUGGCAGCGUGCGCCCGUGAGGCGAGUAACAAGAGUCUGGAGCUGAUCUUCAGCUCUCACCUGUUCUACCAGAACAGACAGGAGAGGUUCAUCAGCAGCCUGGCAGAGGAGUUACCAAAGAAGGUGGACAGCAUCACGCCCUACACGAUGGCGCUGAUCGCCAAAUACAUCGCCCGCCAUCGGCUGAGAGAAACCCGCCUGCUCGACACCAUCGCCGAAUUUCUGGUGAAGAAGGCGGAAUAUCUGGACAGUAAGGUGAUCCAGAAGCUCGUGUUCCCGUUCAGCCGGAUGAGCUACCGUCCUUCCAAUGAGCAGCAGUUCUUCUCCCGGCUGGAAGAGGUGGUGGAGCUGAAGGCGCUCAGCUCGCCGCUCGCCACGGUCAACAUCCUCAUGUCUCUGUUCCAGCUCGGACAUUUCCCCGGCCUGGUCCUCCACCGGGUCUUCUCCUCCGCCUUUAUCAGCAACGUCACCAACAGCCCCUAUGCUCUCAUCGUCAGGCGAUACUUGUCUCUGUUGGACGCCGCUGUUGAGCUGGAGUACCGCGACUACACAGGGCCACGACUGCAGGACGCACACAAGGUUCUGAUGUUUGACCACGCCCUCACGGCUGACGAGGUCAACCGCAAGUACAGUUAUAAAGGUCUGGUGGCUGAGGCUCUGCGGCAGCUGGUUGGAGAACAUAACUACAAACAGGAUGAGGUCCUCCCCCCGGGAUACUACACAGACUUCCUGUUGUGGAUGGACACUUCCGGGCGGGUUCUUCCCAUCCGCACUGGAGCCGGCCUCUCUCUGACUGUCGUUCCUCCGUCCUGUGUUGUUGUGGCGUCUAAGCCUGCUGAUGCAGCGGUUGCCGCAGUUACCUCUGACUUCCAGAAGUUCUCUCCGUUCGUGGCGAUGGAGGAGGGCGCCGAGCACUCGUGUCAGGUUGGUGAGGGGAUGGUCGGGGCAAUGGAGCCGCGGGCCUUCCUGCCCCAUCACAUCCGCGGCACGCCGGGCACCGCGCCCCACCCGGGCCACCCACAGGCGGGGACCAAUGGCAGCACGGUGAACUACGGGCCGUACUACGUCCCGGCGGGGGAGUACUACUCAAGCCUGGCCAAAGAGCACUCGCUGGAGAGUCAGGAUAGCUCCACCCUCAGCAGCCCGCCCUCGGACGGCCUGGCUCCGCCCACCACCCAGCCGCCCGCGGGGGCCAGUGCCCCGGACUCUCUGUUCCAGUUUUCCAUUGGGAAGAUCCUGGAAGACGAGGGUGGCACGGGAGCCCCGAGGCCGGACCACGAGCUUGGGGGAUUCUACAAAGGAGUGACGUACGCCGAGGGGGCUGACAGACCGCCCCUGUCGCCACCGCCGCUCCACCCCCCUGAGCAGCCAGACCCCGACGGCCUCCCCGCAGACCAGAGGCAGAUCCGGAGGGUCAUCAUGUCUGUCAAUGAUAAGUGGCACUACUGCCACAACUCCGACGUCCUGGUGGGCUCCCGUGCCAUGAGAGACCGCCACCUGAGGUUGCUGGGAUAUGUCAUCCUGCAGCUGCCGUACCACGAGCUGGAGAAGCUGAAUGGCAUCGAGGAGGUGAAGCAGUACCUGCACAAGAAGCUGCUGGACGUCACGCUAUGACGCCCUGACAGAGCGUGCGUCCUGUCUGAUGUCAGAGGUCGUGGUUACCUGGUGACGUCCCGUUGGAGCUGCACAAGGAGUUCCAACCAAACUGUUCAUUUUUCAUAGCGUUUAAGAACUGAUUCCUUAUCAAUAAACAGGUCAGUUAAUCAAUACAAACACCAUCAGAUCGAUUAUUGAUCAGCUGACAGGAUGCUGCUGUUUUCUGGGCAGUCUCUAACACAGGCGCGUCUCACCUGGGGGGGCAUCUGUGAUCAUGUGACUAUCAGCACUGAGGACAAUGGGACUGUUGUUCUGAGACCUCAUUGGUCGCCCUGCGGAUGAUCUCACUCGUUUUUUUUCCUGGAUGGGGAGGGCAGUCCCUUUUAUAAGGUGUGGCAACUAUGGCAACAGCGAUGCAUGUGUGGGACUGUUUUAUAAAUGGGGGGUGGGGGUCACAGAGCAGGGGAUGAUGGGAACUGUAGUGUGCCAAAGGUCUGAAGGACAGUGCUUAGUGUUUGGGUCAAAGGUCAGAUUAUUUAUUUGUGUGUGAGGUGAUGGACAGAUGUUUGUUUAUAUUCUAUAAAUCUAUUAAAGCUGAGAUGAACGCAAACUGUGUCCUCACUGACUGACGGGGUCAAAG